AUGGGCGCGCCGGGCGACGCACCGGCGGAGCACCCGCCGUCCCCGCCCCCGGCGGCGGCGGCGAAGAGGACGCUGGUCUUCACGUACGGCACGCUGAAGCGGGGCUUCUCGAACCACGCGCUGCUGCAGGACCUCUUCCUCACCGGCGACGCCGCCUUCGCGGGCGCCGCCGCCACCGCGUCCCCGCUCCCGCUCGUGUGCGGGCCCUACCGCGUCCCGUUCCUGCUCAACCUGCCGGGCUCCGCCGGCUGCCACCGGGUGAAGGGGGAGCUCUACUCCGUGACGGCCCGCGGGCUGGCGCGGCUGGACGAGCUCGAGGGCGUCUCCCGCGGCCACUACGAGCGCCUCCCCGUCGAGGUCGUGCCGGCGGCGGACGAGGGGGCGGCGGCGGUGGAGGGCGCGGUGGCGUACUACGCGCACCGCGGGUACGCGGCGGAGAUGUGGGCGCGCAGCGGGCGCAGGGGCCACGCCGAGUACUCGCCGGCCGUGGCGGCGGGCUACGUCCGCCGCGUCGACCGGCCCCAGGGCCAGACCUUCCUCGAGCAGAUCCGCGUCUUCGUCUCCUCCCAGUCCUAGAUCGA